AUGAGUGCGGCGCGCCAGACAGCGCAUCCCCAUCCCGCGAAGCGGGCAAAAAUGGGCGAGCGGACCAUGCUGGCUUGCACAAAUUGCAAGCAGCGCAAAUUAAAGUGCGAUGGGCAAAGCCCCAAAUGUAGUAACUGCACCAAAAGUGACCGAGACUGCCUAGUCGAAGACCCCGCCACGGGCUUGCACCGCCCGCGUGAUUAUGUGCAAUCUCUCGAAGCGCGAGUGGCCUAUUUGGAGGGUCUCUUGCAAGAAUCACGGCCUGAGGUCGCUAUUGAUCACUUUGCGGGCCUCGGCCUCUCUCAACAAGCCAGACAGGCCAAUAGAGGAGCUUUGGAUUCUACUGGCGCUGCUAAUGUUGCUCCUGGCGCGGCCAAUACUGCUACUGCUACAACUAGCCAACUGCAGCAGGCCUCAGGAGACACACCUAAUAGUGAUCUUAGUGAUGUGCGGUCGACGGAACCCCACGAAAGCGACCUUCUCAGCAAUGAGGUAGCACUUCUCUGUCUCGGCGCUGCCGGACGGGAACCGCAGUACUUUGGACCUUCAUCUGCUGUCCACUUCUCGCGCAUUGUCGGAAGUACUCUGCGUUUGCCACGUCGCGGAGGAACGGGCUCACAUUACAGUAAUGCGAGCGACUCGGCCACCCGCCGCACCGCUCGCUACCUGGGGUUCCCUGACACUGCCACGAUGGCCAAGCUCUCUGAGGCCUACUUUAGCAACAUUCACCCGCAGUAUCCCUUCCUGCAUCAACCGACUUUUAGGGCUAUGGAACAGGAAUGCUUAGAAGCUAGCUUGCGCAAUAAUAUCAAUGCGGCCAGUGAAUCUUCGCUCUUCUUCGUGCUUAUGGUUUACGCAAUUGGCUCUCUGGCACUUGGGCACAGCGAAGUCGACGCUGCAGAGGGAUAUUACGCCAUGGCACUUAAUUAUAUUGCACACCUCCUUGACAUGGAUAAUUUACUGUCCAUACAAGCAAUGCUUUGUUGUGCAGUAUAUUCUGUUCGGUCUCAGGCUGGGGUCAGUCUAUGGAAAAUAUCCGGGAUGGCCAUGCGACAUUGUGUCGAGUUAGGCUACCAUCGCAGCACCGAGAGAUAUCGCAACUCGGUAGAUACACUGACCAAGGAGAUUUCCAAGCGCUGUUUCUGGGUUGCCUAUGACAUUGAUCUUGUCGCAUCAUUUAUUCUUGGUCGUCCAGCAGGCAUAUCGGAUAGUGCCAUUGACGUUGAGUUACCUCUGGAUAUAGACGAUGAAUAUAUAACACGCGACGGCUUGCUCUGCCCCCCGAGACAGAACACUUCCGACCCACCAACUCAACUUACGGGUGCUCUCCAUUCCAUCAAGCUUCGACAACUGUGGUCUAAGUUUCGCAACAAUCUAUUCUCCACCAACUCCCAUCAGGAGAAUGACAGCUCCAGAAAUCCGAACAGAAUUCCGGUCGAGGUUUUGCGUCAGGAAUUGGAAGAGUGGCGUGCCAUAUCUCCAGAUAAACUGGAAAACAUUCACCUUCGCCCGCUAUCGGUGUUUGCCUCAGACGACUGGUUUGGGCUGGCCUACCACUACUCUAUUUUACUUCUCUAUCGUCACUACAUCAUCGACAGCCCCGAACCCGCUGCCCAGGGGUCGGACCCUUUGGCCCAGGAAGACAACGAACCCGACGCUCGUGACCGCGCCUUCGAGAUCUGCGCGACACAUGCGCGACAAAUGUGCCUUGGGUACCGACGGCUGUACCAGUCGCAACGGUCACAGAUCCAGUUCACAUGGGGUAGUUUGCAUAUCCUGUUCUUGGGCGGGCUGACAUACCUCUACUGCCUAUGGAAGUCCCCUUACAUCCGCAAGCGCACGCGACAGAGCGCCGUCAUCAACACAUGCAUGGCGUGCACAACGGUCCUCAUCAUAAUCGCCGAGCGCUGGAACGAGGCAUGCUCGUACCGUGAUAUCUUCGAGCUACUAUCUGAGAGCACCAUCACCAUGAUCUGUGGCAAUGGCGGUGAUGCAGUAAGUGGCGAGAGCGUAGAGCUGGCGACGCUGACGACUCUGAUGGGUGGCGGCGAUACCAGCACCGGGACGCAUCCAUCUGGUGGUGGCCUAGUUGGGAAUGCAAGUGGCGGUGGAAACAUGUACGAUGCCUCUACAGCUACUGAUGGGUGUGGAGCCACAGAACAGAUCGGAGGACCCGAUAUGCCUCUACAGGACUGGAUAAUGGCAUUGGACCAUGUUACUGCGUCAGGAGAUUCACAAUGGUUGGCUCAGGAACUACUUCAGGGGAUCAGAGAUUUCGAAGCGGAAACGAACAUUAAUUCGCUGAAUUGA